UUAGCUCCUUUAGCCUAGCGGGCUAAUGAAUUAUAAAAGCUCCUGGACCCGGCUUACCCUCUGACAGCGCUUACAGCAUCACGCCUCCCUGUCACUGCAGCGUGUUCCGGAUGAGCCGGGAGUGAAGCAGGGCGCUGGGAUUCUGCUCAGAAUGAAACCCAGAUGUCUCCUCUCCAUCGUGGACAGACUUCCCACCAUCAGUGAAAUGCAGGAGAGCGACAGCGAGGAUGGAGAUCUGAACUGCUCCUCCCACACCAUGGAAGACUACGUUGACUCCAUCAGAGAGCUCUCCCAGCCAGCCUGCUACCCGCUCCAUGGGCCCCUCAGAGGUCACCGGCGCUGGAUGGUCCGAACGUGCUCUGGAGGAACAUCGUGGCUUCCUGUUGACCCAUCGGAAGUAUCGCUCAUCCUGACUGGCCAGUCCAGCUGUGGUCCAUCAUUGCGUUUCAGACAGAACCUGGUGGACGUGUUGGUGUCCCCGUCCCUGUUGGCAGGUCUGGUGUGAGAUGGAGUACUGGACAGAAAGUCGUUGGACCUCACAUCAUCUUCACUAAUGAGUCUGAAGAAACAAAAAUUCAAGAUAUGAAAAUGAUUCACUUUUAAAUUUGGAACAAAACAAAAACCCAUGAAACAAAACAUGAAAAGACUAAAAGGAAAUAUGUAAUUUAUAAUAUAAUUCUGUUCCUUUGUUUCAUUUUUAACCUUUUAACCUUUGUUAUACAGGAAUAAUCCCACUAAGAUUCAAGAUAAACUAAAACGCUCCCUAAUAAAAGAAGAACACACAUUAAGGACCUGCGGAUCUCCGUCUCACACACACACACACACACACACACACACACACACACACACACACACUCACACACACACACACACACACACACACACACAUACACACACACACACACACACACACACACACACACACACACACACACACACACACACACACACAUACACACACACACACACACACACACACACACACACACGAUGAUGAUGUGGGAUUAAGAAAUUUCAGACAUAAUUUACCUUUUUGAUCCAAGAUCUCAGUUUCUGUCGGUGAUCUAUCCAGGCAGGAACUUAGGUAAAAAUGCCAUUCGGGUCCUGACAUGUUUGCUGCCGGGAAGAAGGCAGGAACAUGCAGCCGUGCUUGGCCCGGGUUCAGGGGCCUCAGGUAGACCUUGGCUCCUCUGCUGUCCCACCACAGGGGAGGGGGAGGUCCAGGAGGGUAGAACCCAACCUUACCUGGAUGUCCUAUGUCUUAUGUAAUCCAGAAGUUGUGCAAAUGCAGGGAUGGGAGUCGAUUUUCUGCUGGGGUGGGGCUGGGUUGGUGCCCUCGGACUCCGUGAGGCUCUGUAAUGCUGCUGCUUUGGGCCCUGGCAGGAUGGGCUGGGGUCUCCAUGCCCUGGGUGGCAUUUUGACAACAGAGGUGCCUAUUGGGGCCAGUAGGGGAGCUGGCUCCCUGGAGGGCUAAGCCCAACCAGACAUUCCUCCCCAUCCCCGCAUGAUUCUCUCCUUCUGCUCCCUCACAUCUUCACACAAACAUACACAUAGGACCUUGGGGGGUGGACAAGUCAGGGAGUGCGGGUAUGGACCCCAUUUCCGCAUUCCUGUGGCAACCUGCCCCCCAAUUUUAUUUGCACCUUAAACACUUCCACCAACGACAUUCCACGCAAACACACACACACAAUCCCGGUGGCUACCUGGUAGGGUCUGGGUCCCUGGGCUCUCCUGGGUCCCCGGCGGGGGUGGUCGCCCCUGGGUCCCGGGUCGCUGGGUCCCGGGCUCGGCUGGCUAGGGGGUGAGAGGCUGUGGGCGGGCCUGUGGGCUUGCCGCUGAUAUCUCCCGGGACUCUACCGGCUGCUGGUUGUGGCCCCCCGAGGCAAUCCUCUGUGCCUCUAGAGGGGGGCGGGGGCUUUCUGGUUGCAGUCUCCCUUGGGGUUCCUGUGUUCUGGGGCAGCGCCUGGGUCUCUGGGACUUGGAGCUCCCCCCAUCUCCUACGCAUCUUUGGGGGACAGGUGUGGUCCCUCACACUCUCUAUUGGACGCUCCUAUAGAGAAACCUUACAUAAACAAGCGCGUUGUAACGUGAGGAAAUAUGGGUUUUCUAUCACAAAGGUGGUGCUGGACGCAGCUGUGUCAAAGCUGGGUCAUUGAGAACUUUCGCCCACAGAUUAAGUCCUGAACGCCAGCGAGUCUGGGAGGAAACCAUAACAUCAACCACCUGCAGUCUACCAGAAGAUGUGUUUACAUGAGUUGUACCCAGACCAAGUCAAAACAUAAAGUUUAAACUUCUUUUUCUUGAUUUUAAUGUUAAAAAUAACCAUUAUCAUUUUGCUCAUUAUAAAUGUAUUUAAUCAAAUGAAUGGUUCUUAUGCUUUGGGGUAAUUAUAAUGGAUUAAUGAAUCCACACUUAAGUAGAUAAUGUUGAAUGUUUGGUACUGACCUUCACACUCAAGCACACAAACAUUCACACACACCCACACACACCUUCCCACAGUAAAAUCCAGACACAUUUGAUGACGCACAUGUUUUUGCUUUGAGAAGGCAGGUUUUUGGUAAGUUUCAGUCUUUUGAGGCAGUUCGUGUUGGACAACGGGAGAGAACAGACCUGAAAACCGAAAGGGGGGGCAGAGCCUGUUGGCUCGUUCUUCCCCCCUUUCACGCUGUUUCUGCCAAGCCAGGCAGAAUAGCUGAAUCGCGACUUCUAACGAAGACUCAUUACCGAGUCUUUUGAUUUCUGAGUGAAUUAACUUAAGAAAGCGCAUCGAUAAAACGCUCUACCAUCCACGUGUACCGAGGGCAACUCUGGACCGGUUCCGUUCGACGCCUACGUCUCCUGUCAGCCGCCGGUGUCAUCUGGAUGAACCACAACAUCCUCCACGGCCCGGAUCCGAAAGAGGGUCCACAAGAGUUCGGUGAGACAGAGCACGGUGUUUAGCGUUUGAUGCAGUUCUCUGAUAAGACCUAAGUUUAUCCAAACCAUCACUUCACUCAGACACCUGUUUCUUCCUGAAGCAAAAUCAGACUCACACACGCAUUCAUGUCACAACAUUCUCAAUCUUCAUAAAUUCAACAGAAGGUCUAUUUGAGCAAGAACAGCAUAUAAACUGUUAAAAGAUUGUCCCACAAAGUUGCCAAUGUGAUUGUUAUUUCCUGUUUGUCAAUUUUCAAAAUCAUUAGUUUAACUUGAAGAAUUAAAACUUUUAAUCCUUCAAACUUGUUUCCUCAUUGAACUGAAACACAGACACUCAGAUAUUAUCGGCAGUUUAUGGAUGAAAACAACCUUUGAGUCUUCUGAACAAUAUAAAAUUUGGUUAUUGAUUUAUUAAAAUUAAUAUUCCGAAUUAAUACGUAGCAUGGUUUCUCUUUCAUAAAAGAGCGUAAAUCCAUAACGCUACAGCGUGUACACACACAGGUGCUCACAUGGUGCUCUCAAAAGUAUGGACUUGGGCACGUUCAACACACGUCUUAAGGCUGUGGUUGGCACUAAAUGCACUGUGAUUUAUUAUCGUAAUUGUUCAGUUAAACAAUGUUGAUUUCAUAUUUCAUCAUCAGGCUGACGCAGUGAUAGCUUGCUCCUGAUGUAUUGUUGUGUGUCCCAUUUU